ACCCCGGCUCUCGCUUCCGUGUCCGUCGACGACGUAGCAUUUCACUUUUUCGUCUACCGUCGGCGCUCGGCGGUGUGUCAUCGUUAGGUGUCCGUUCAUCGUCGAUCGUCACAGCGUGCGUGCGGUAUCAUCUUACACGCUCGCAGCAUCCACGGAGUUAGCAGGGCUUCGCGUACAAGGAGACCAGGGCGUAGAUGGACUGAUCUCUCAUUGCCCACCACUAACGUCACCCACAGCGUUGCCACCACUCGCGUCAGACAAACCCUCGUCACACCCACCAGCACCCUGCGUUCCCCCGCCGGAAGCCCCUCCCCCACCAACCCACCGACCCCCUCCCCCGCUGCAGCAGCAAUCAUGCGCAUCAUCCCGCGGAGGAGGACCUCCCUCUGUCUGAAGCUGGCCGUAGCUCUCCCCCUCACCUGGUUCCUCGUAGUCAUCUACUACGCAUACAGCGACCGCUCGCAGCUCGGCGUCUCGUCGCGAGGUGGCGACACCGACGCCGAGCUUCGCCGCACGGAAGCGCUGCACGAGUUCAACACGAAUCGGUACAACGCCAACGCUGGGUUGAACCGCCCCGCACCGCAGGAGGAGGCGCAGCGCCGCAUGGAACCCAACCUGGGAGAGCGGGACUGGAAGAACGACGGGAGAAGCCACCACGGCGGCGCCGACCGGGCCCCGCCGCCACGCCGCGACCGCAACCAGGGCUGGGACGAGUACCGCGACGCCGGACCACGCCAGGGGGAGUGGCGACACCGCGGCGACAACGAUGACAAUAGAUUCGACGAGCGGGGACAGUACAAAAAGUACCGGGGAGGCGACCGCGGCAACAACGAUGACUAUAGACACCGCGGCGAAAACGAUGACGAUAGACACCGCGGCGACAACGAUGACGAUAGACGCCGCGGCGAGUUCGAGGAUAGACGUCACGGUGGCGGACAUCCGGGUGACGGGAUGGGACGGGAUAGGUACGGGGAUAGCGGGAGAGAACGGCACGACCCGGAAUGGAGGAACCAGGAUGACGAGCAAAUGCCGCCGAUGGACGUGAGAGAGUUUAGUGCGAAUGGUUCCCGCCAGGGGGCAGGAGAGAUGGGAAAGCCCGUGAUUCUGGGUCACCUUCCCCCCGCUGAGCAGAGGAAGGUUGAUGAAGGGUUGGAGAAUAAUGCGUUUAAUCAGUAUGUGAGCGACAUGAUCUCUCUACACCGCAGCUUGCCCGAUGUCAGGGAGAAAGAGUGUCGCAACCAACAGCUGUUGCCCGUGGACAAGCUGCCAGACAGCAGUAUCAUCAUCUGCUUCCACAACGAGGCCUGGUCGACGCUGCUGCGUACAGUACACAGCGUGCUCGACCGCUCGCCACCCUCCCUCAUACACGACAUCGUGCUCGUGGAUGACGACUCCAAUCUACCCCAUCUUGGCAAACCCCUGGAAGAAUACAUGGCCAAGCUCGGUAAAGUGAAGAUCGCGAGAGCCACUAAGAGAGAGGGUCUCAUCCGGGCUAGGCUGCUCGGCGCGAAGGUCGCUGGAGGUCAGGUCAUGACCUUUCUGGAUUCACACUGCGAAGCCACGAAAGGUUGGCUCGAGCCACUACUGGAGCGGAUAGCGCGCAACAAUCGCACGGUCGUCUGCCCCGUCAUAGACAUCAUCGACGACAACACGCUGGAGUACCACGUGUCGCCUGCCGCCGGCGUCAACAUCGGUGGCUUCGACUGGAAUCUCCAGUUCGCCUGGCAUCAGAUCCCGACCCGAGAGCGCCUGCGCAGAAAUAACAGCGCCGACCCGAUCCGGUCACCCACGAUGGCUGGAGGUCUGUUUGCGAUCAACACUGCCUGGUUCCAGCAGCUGGGAACGUACGAUGAUGGCUUCGACAUCUGGGGAGGAGAAAAUCUCGAACUCUCCUUCAAGACGUGGAUGUGCGGCGGAACGUUAGAGAUCAUUCCAUGUUCCCACGUCGGCCACAUCUUCCGUAAGCGCAGCCCCUACAAGUGGAAGGACGGCACGAACGUUCUGCGGAAGAACGCCGUACGCCUGGCAGAGGUCUGGCUAGAUGACUACAAGGACUUCUUCUACGAUCGCAUCAUGUAUGACCUGGGCGACUUCGGUGACGUCAGUUCCAGGAAGAAACUGAGAGAGAAGCUACAGUGUAAGAACUUUGAUUGGUACCUGAAGAACAUCUAUCCUGAACAGUUCAUACCGAGCGAGGCGGUUGCAUCGGGAGAGAUCCGCAAUCUAGGUGACGGGGCAAUGUAUUGUGUAGACGCGGCGCGCAGACCGAAAGGUGGCCAGGUGCAUGCCUUCCCGUGCCACGGCAUGCGAGGACGUCAGUUCUGGCAGAUGAGUAGAGAAGGAGAGCUGAGGAGGGAUGAUGCAUGCAUGGACUACACGGGAGAGGAUGUUGUUGUCUAUCCCUGUCACGGAGAAAGGGGAAACCAGUACUGGGAGUACGACCCGCAGGUGCGUCUCAUACAUCACCCGAAGACGUCGCGCUGUCUGCAGCUGGCGGCCGACCACGACGUCGUGACGGUGAAUCGCUGCAACCCCUCCAACCCGCUGCAGCAGUGGGUGCUCGAGGGCUGGAUACCGCACCAGCUCGAGCAGGCCGACCCGCACGUCGCGCCCUGGCAUCCGAUGGCCUCGAAAGACUACGCACGAAACUACGCCGACGCGAAGCGCGAGGGGGCGCCACCAUCGUCGACGUACGAGUCGCGCGCCGCCGGCGCCCCCUAUCGGCAGGGAGCGCAGGCGAGUCCCGUGUUUGGCGGGCAGCGCGUGAUUGGGCAGCACGCGAAGGGUGAUACGGGAGAUGUGUAUGAGAGGGCGCCACCGGCGGGCACGCGGGGAGAGAGGCACUCCGACGUGCCCUACGCCCAGGCUGCCGCCCUCGGUGGGGGCGCACCUCCUCACGGCGCCCCCUACCAGCACGCUCAGGGCGCCCCCUACCAGCACGCACAGGGCGCCCCCUACCAGCACGCUCAGGGCGCCCCCUACCAGCACGCUCAGGGAGCCCCUUACCAGCACGCUCAGGGCGCCCCCUACCAGCACGCUCAGGGAGCCCCUUACCAGCACACUCAGGGCGCCCCCUACCAGCACGCUCAGGGCGCCCCCUACCAGCACGCACAGGGCGCCCCCUACCAGCACGCACAGGGCGCCCCCUACCAGCAAGAGCCGGGCGUACCCUACCAGGAAGCGCAGAGCAACCAAUUCAUACCAGUUCUUGCUGACCAUUACCAGCAACCACAGGGAGGUUACCACCAACCUGCUCAGGGCGCCCCCUAUCAUCACGAACAGGGCGCCCCCUAUCAUCACGAACAGGGCGCCCCCUACCAUCACGAGCAGGGCGCCCCCUACCAGUACGAACAGGGCGCCCCCUAUCAGGAGGCAUCGCAUGAGUAUGAUGCGCGUGGACGGAUAGUACGGCGCGGGCAGGCGACCCACGUAGAGCAGCAGCAGCAGGAACAACGACAACAACAACAACAACAGCAGCCCCAGCAGCAGCAGCCGCAGGAGCAGCAACAACAACAACAACAGCAGCCCCAGCAGCAGCAGCCGCAGGAGCAGCAACAACAACAGCAGCAGCAACAACAGCCGCAA